AGGAAGUGUAUCGGUAGCUAUGUAAUACUAAUAACAUUGAAUAGCGACGGUUUUUCUGUGUAGAAAUGCAAAACGUCGACUGUUUUUAACAAAUAUCAACAGAAAGCAAUCCAGUUUACCAUCGAAAGGGAUCUAUGGCUCUGCCGAGCCUCUCGGCCCAUUUGCCUAGUCGGUCCCGGGUGCUGGCCGGACAGCUGGCCCGGCAGCGGGAGCAGGAGGCCCGGUGGCGGCAGCAGUGGGAGCUGCAUGCUCAGUACUUGAGAGAGCAGAGUGUCCGCAGCCAGAGACAGGCGGUGUGGAGCUCCCGUCAGUCCUUCCAGCAGAGUAUGUCGGCAUACCAUAAACAGAGACUGAAUGAAGAAAAGAAGGCCAGCCUUGAGCAGCGCAGGAAUCGGCUAAAGGCCAUGCUUCAAGAGGAGCAAGACCGGCUGGAGGCGGAACUCAGGGAAGUAGUUCCUGACAGGAGCACAUUGGCAAGUCAGCUGGUGCAAAAGACUGAAGAGCUUCGUACGGCAAGAGAGGAAAGAAGAAAAAAGCUUGCACAAGAGCUGCUGAAGGAGCACUGGAAGAAAAACAACACAGAGUUGCGAGAGGUCGAGUCGGCUUUACAUAAAGAUCAUGUUGUCGGCCAAUGGCAGGAGCAGAUAUCUGAGAAGAAAAAGCAAGAAGUGACAAAGCAAAAAGAGAAGGAACGCUUUGAAAAUGAGUACGAGAUAACCCGAAAAGAGGCUCUGGAGAGGAUGAAGCAAGCGGAGGAGAAAAGGAACGUAGAGGAGCGGAAGAGGGCCGAGGAACUUCGCAAACAGAUGGAAGAACUGAAGCUGAGGGAAGACGAGGCAACUCGCCUGAAGAAGGAGCAAGAGGCUCUGCUGGUCAAACAAUGGGAGCUGGAGAAAAUAGAGGAGGAAAGGAGAAAGGUGGAGGAAAGGCGAAAGAAGUCAGAGAUGGGGCAUUUCUUAAUCCGUCAAUAUCGCGCCCAGCUGAAGAGGAGAGCCCAGCAAGUGCAGGAGGAGCUGGAGGCUGACCGUAAGAUCCUGGCAGCCUUGCUGGAUGGACAGCAGGAGGACAGGAGGAUAGAGACUGCGCGAAGGGAAAGAGCCAUCGCUGAUGCUGCCUGGAUGAAACGUGUGAUUGAAGAGCAGCUUCAUUUGGAGCGGGAGAGGGAGGCUGAGUUCGACAUCCUACACAGAGAAGAAGCUCAACAUGUCUGGGAGAAACGAGAAGCACAGUGGGAGAAGGAGAGGAAAGCCAGAGAACGGCUCAUGCAAGAGGUACUGUCAGAGAGACAGCAACAGCUGGAGCUUAAGAUGCAGAAGAACAGAGAGGCUCAAGGGGAGUCCCUGAGGAGACGAGAACAGCUGAUCCAGGAGCUGGAGAGGGAGAGGGAGACCAGACGCCAGGAGAAGGAGCAAGAAGAGUGCCGUAGGACCGCACGGAUGCAAGAGAUAAAUGCUCAGGUGGAGCAGCAGCGCCAGGAGCAGUGGGAGGAGCAGUGCAGGAUAGAGCAGGAGGAGGAGGAGGACAGGAAGGCUCUUCAAAUCCAAGAGGAGGAGCUGAGGCGGGAGAUGGAGAGGAUGGCCAGGAAAGGAUACCAGGAGAAGGUUCACAGCAGACCUCGAUCAGCCUGGACAUGAGCAACCUGCAAGACUGAACUCAAAACUGAAUUCUCGCAACAGCUCUUGGAUAUUCUUGGUGAUCUGCUCUGUUUUGCGGAUGACGUCUUCAGUGCUGGGAAGCGUGGGGUCUGACUCCAGAUCAUCCAGCUCCGGGAUAGAGCUGCUCUCCCCCAGCCAGCCACUGCUCCUCAGCCUCCCUCUCCUGCACAAACUGCAGAUGGAAAUUCAGAAGAAAUGAUGUCUACUUCCCAAAUCCCUGCUCAUUGUUUUUACUCUAAAGACAAAACCCCUUUAAACUGUAUUUAGGAGCCAGAAAACUUUCACUCAUCACUUAGAACAAACAAUCAUUCUGGGUGAUGCUCUUACCCCGAAUCAUCCAUCUCAGAGUCAUUGAAUGUGUUGUCAUAGUCACUUUCCGGCAUGCUGCUUUGCAUCUCUAACUUCGAGGCCUAAAAGGGAGAGAGGGGACACAAAAAUGAUAAAGUGCCUCCUGCAAAACGUCCCAUGCCACUGAGGAUAUAAACCAGAAACAGCUGUAGUGACAUCACAAUUUAAAUGCUCAUUGACAAAUAAAAACAUGUAUUGUAAAUGUA